AUGCCCUUGGGUAUACUAAUAAGGAUUGAUUGUUGGGUCUUAUACAAGCAAGCUCAUCGCCGUUUUCGCUCUCUGGUACAGUCUGCUAAGCGCAAGUCCUGGCAUAAGUUCUGUGGUGCUCUGGAAAGAGACUUCUCAAAAGCUACUGCUGCUAUAAAACGCAUCAAGCGCAAUAAAGAGUCUUCACCUACGUACAGUCACCCAGAUGGCCCUGCUGCUUCUGUUGCUACUAUGGGCUCUCAUUUGGCUACGGUCUACGAAGGUGCUCUGUUAAAUACUGCUUCUCGUCCUGCUCCUGUCACUCCUAUGGUCUCUGACUUGCCUUUCUGUCUCCCUGCGGACAUGUCUUUGUUUGAUACUGAUACCUUGGUACUGUGUAUUAAACGUCUGCCACUCAUAAAGCUCCUGGUCCUGACCAUAUCAAGGCUGAGAUGUUAA